CGAACUUCAAAUAUCUAGCAUCAUAUAAACUUGUAACUUGCAACAUAUCGAGAGAGCUGAGCCGUUUCGCGUCAGCAAAAAAUUCACACAAAAAAAGAUUUUCUCUUUUUCUCUCUCUUUCGCGCGUGUAUUUCCUUCGCUUGCACUAAUCAAUGGAAAUUAUAUAGUAUCAACAACAUUGUGUAAUUUGUUCCGGUUUGUUGAGAAGGUCGAGAAUUUCGAGACGUGAUGUAAUCCCGACGAUAAUCUAGAGUAGAGUUUCAGUUUUUCUAGCGCAAAUUGAACAGUCACGAUCGCGAUGACAUCACGUUUCACCGCGAGCGUAUAAAUGUUCGGACGAUUCUCAGUGAGACGGAUUUGCCGCGAGAAAUUCACAUCGAUCGUUAAGCAUGCUUUCGCAUAAUUUACUCGUCAACACCGGGAAUAUACUUUCGCUGAGCGAGGCGAGGCAGAAGGCGAGUCAAAAUUCUACGGAUGAGUUGAUCGAGACAUUAAAAAUUAUCCUCAAUGAUAACCAGAACAAAGGAGAUGGUACAAUUGUUAUCAAUGGAAAAGAGGAUACAAGCUUACAGGAUGUCGAUAGAAAAGACUUGAAGAUUACUGUAAAAGUAUUUAUCUCUUCACCCGAUGUUCAUUCGUUGAAAGAAGCACUAGACCAAACAUUUAAAACGUUAAAUACGAAUGUCAUAGAAUCCUUAGUGAUUGCUUAUAAAAGUGACGAAGAGCCAGAGAAUAUGUUGUCAUCAUUAAAAAAAAUAUGGUCUGCAGUGGAAGAAUACAUAAAAGUUGAUAAGUUAUCCAGUGUCGGAUUGAGCGAUAUUAAUACAAAUAUAUUCAUCGAAUUAUUUCAAUGGGCUGAUAUAAAACCAAAUAUUGUACAAAUUAAUUUAACCACGUGUUGUGCGGUACCACCAGCCUUGCAAGAAUUUACUAAGGAAAAUGAUAUUCAGUUGUUGACGCACAGUGAUUCAUAUGAAAUACUUCCUCAAGAAAUGUUAGAGGGUAUAUUUGGCAGUACUGCUCACUUGCGCUGGCUGAUAAGAUAUCAAAUCCACCUCAAAUGUCGUGGAAUUUUAUCAUCAAAAGGAUACUUAUUAUAUAUUAAUAAAUCAAGCUUCAAAAUUUAAUAUCGGUAGUACUGCUAAAGAUAAUUUCUAUUUGUCGGAACACAUUAUUAUAGAUCCAGAUAGAUACAAAUAGAUACGAAUUUGAUGUAUAUAUCAUAUAUAUAUAUAUAGCUUCAUAUUUUGUACCAAUGUGAUAUGUUUUACACAGAAAACUUAAUAUUGUUAAAUUUUGUGAUCGUUAGCGUGUUGAAUUUUUUGUAUGUAAAUAUAAGUAAGCCUUCUUUAGUAUAUAUAAAGCAUUGCAUUAUGUGAUUUGCAUUUUUCUCUCUUAUUAGAUCUCAUAAAUUUUUGUAAAAUUUUAUAUAAAUAUUUAUAUAGAGAAAAGUAUGUAGAGAAGAUGCGCAUUUUUUAGUGAGUAUAUUAUCAAAAUGUUGUUUUUCUUCAAUAAAUAUUUCGAGAAAAAUAAAUCGCAUAUAUACAGCGCACAAAACUGUCCGACUUGACGCGAAAAAUGAAAAAACAGAUUUUGAUUAAAUUAGAUUUGGUGUAAAGCAAACUAUAUUUUUUAAAUGUGUCUUAAAUUCAAAUCCAGAGAGAUGCACAUGUAUAACUUUUCUUUAGUAGCCUAAAAUUAAUAAAUUGUAAAAGCGACAUAAAAUGAUCUGGUAGCAUUGGAUAUAACCCAGCAGAGUGACGUCAAAUGACAUCUUAAUAACGUUUUAAUGACGUCAUUGUACGUCAUUAAGACGUCUGGAGACGUCAUCUUGCUACCUGGGAAGUUGUAAAAUCUCAUCAAAAUAUUGAAGAAAGUUAGAAAAGCAGAGAGACAAACAAUGUAUGGUAUUAUUUUUCUAUGUAACUUACACAAUUAUAAUAAGAGAAACUUUAUUU